GGCUGGGAAAGCCAGGAGGGAGGCAGCCUCAGAGCCCAGGGAGACCUGAAUGAGCUGGGCGGCAGCAGACACCCUCAGUGAAUGACUGUCACAGGAGCUGGUCCCAGGAGGGACUCCGGAGCACCCUGGGAUGCCGUCUCUGCCCCUCUACGCAGACAUCCACUGCCGGCCCAGAAUGUAGAAACGGUUAGGAGGGGCCUGCGAAAAAGCGGGACACCAAGAAGAGCACUGUUGCUGUUUUUAGUUUUUAAAAUAAGAGGAAGCCCAGUGUGAGUUGCUCUGUCCCCCAGGCGCGGUGUCCCCUGUGGUGUGCUCCGUUGAGAACUGGGAAAUGCCAGGGACUGCUGACAAGUUUUCUGAGCUGAGGAGCUUGGCCUUUGCUCUGAGUGGCCGAACCUUUGGCUGGCUGGGUGGGGCUGCACUGGGGUUUGGGGGCCAUGGUAUCUCUGCCCCAGCUCCUCAGCAGAACUUUGUUUUUUCUUCUCCCUUCCUGCUUCCACUCCCUAGUCCAUGGGGCCCAGGCCCACUGGGUGGGGUGGAGGCGGGUGGGAGACUGGGAAGACUGUGUCUGGGCCAGGAGUGUGUUUUGGCUCUGCUUGAAUAUUUGAAACAGUUGUCAGAAGCCAGAUCACUUUGGUGUGGUAGCGUCUUUACUGGGCAAGUACCCAUUUCUGAAAAAAAGUCAGAGGAAGGAUUGGGCUUGUUACAGCCAAGUCUCAGUGUAGGUUGGUCCUAACCGCCUUCAUUGCCACGGCUGGGGGCGGAUGAGACUGCCUGCCAGUAGGUGUCCUCACUGUUUUACAGACAGCCACCCAGGAGGUGACAAAGGCAGGGCUCAGUACAUUUCUGGUGACCCAGGCUUCCUGUAGUUACUUAAAAGUUGGUCAUAGGAUUUUUGUAGGUUUGGUGAAAACCUGAGGCAUUGACGGGCAGUGAAGAGAGUUUGAAGUUAGAGCCGAAGUGCCAGGUGUCCUGUUCCACCCUUGUGCCUGUGAAUCGUGACCUCAGGCAAGCUGUUUGACCUCUCUGAGCCUCUGCUUCAGAGCAGAGGGCAUGUGCAUAGGCGCAAAACCUGGAGGGAGUUGUCAGUUCUGGGGGAGGCUUUGUGGAGGUGGUGGCCUUUGAGCCAGGCGUAGACGGAUAGGCUGCUGGAGUGCAACCCCUUGAGCAGAGGCGUGCAGUUUAGCAUCAUGAGCCAGAUAGGGCCAAGCAGGGCUGGCAUGGCUGGGUUGGGACCUGGAAACGUACCUUGGGAAGCUGGAUUUUAAGUAUGUUGCUUUCUCAGUUGGAAUCCUGUGGGCCAGGUGGCAGAUGACAGGGCUAGCUUAGCCUGGAGUCAGCCAGUGUGGAAUGUGGGGGAAAAGGGCAGACGGUGAAGUCUGACACACUGGCCUUGGGAAGCCCCUGGAGGUGUCAGAGCCUCAUUCUUUGCUGCAGUUAGCUGUGUGAGGGUCAGAGGUGCAGAGACAGCCCUACGUGCCCUUCCCAGGUAUGUGGGCUCACUGUGGUGUGGUGGGUGAGCAGGUACUUGAGAGCCACAGGUGGCUUUGGUGCAUGGUCACUAGCAGCAGGAGGAACUCACCAGCCACACUCCUGGUUUUCUUUGACAUGGUGUCUGAGUUUCUGCCCGUGCCAGUGGCCUGGAACCCUGUGGCUUACUGACAGCCACUUUCCUGCUGUCUUGCUGCUGCUGAACACUCCUGGUUGUCUCCUGCUAGUUACAGCCUGAGAAGCAGCUGCUCUGGUGCCCCACGCAGACUUCCAGACCUCAGGCUUUGGGAGGAAUGGGCAGCUGACAUCCCUAGGCCCAUAGCCCCACAUGCUCCUGCAGACAUAGUGGAGGCGCUCAGUGGCUGUGCUGGUGGCUGGAUCAACUCUGCCCAGGAUUGGGGCGGGGCGGGGCGGGGGUUGGGGGUGGGGUGCCUUAGCAUGAUACAUCUUCAGCAAAUUGUGCCAGGAGGCAAGGGCAACCCACUUGACGGGGUAGGAUGCUGAGGUGCAGGAGAGGCCCAUCCGAGGUCCACACUCCUUUGGCCCAGUGCUCCUUCCCUUCACAUCUUCACCUCUUCUGUCUCUCUGAGCUCAAGCUGCCAACAAGGAGGGAGCCUCUGUCCCAAAUGGUGGCUGGAAUUGAAGAGAUAGCUGAGCUGGAGUGACCACUGGGGCUGGAGUCUAGGGUGCCAGCAUUUGUUCGUAGAUUUGUCCAUCUCUUCUUAAAUGGGGGUCUUUCAGAUUCCUGCUUAAAACGGCCUGUACUCUGGAGCCUGCUCUUGAGGUAAGGGGGUAGAGCAGGUGAGGUGGUCUGGGGUCAGUUGGCAGAGGGGCUUUUUGAGAGCUCAGCUGUGGGGGGAGAGUCAGGAAGGAUCUGCUGGGCAGAGUGAGAGACAGAUCUUGGAAAUGUCCUGGGCCCAGGAAGAAGCCAGGAGCAUCCAGAGAAGUGCUGGCAGGAAGGGCGUGCGGGAAGGGACAGAAUGCCCCGGGAAGGCAGUCUCAGCCCAGCCUGGAUGGUCAUGGGGGCAGCCAGGGCUGGUUACUGAGGCUGUGUAUGGAGAGCUCGCUGCAGGUCAGUUGAGCCCUACAGCCAAAGGUGGUGGUGUCCCUGUUUUCCAGAUGAGAAAACUGAGGCACACAGGUUAAUUAAUUUGACCAAAGUCACAGAGUUUUGUGUGUGUGUUUUUAGGGAACCAUGCCUGCUUACCACCUUCAACCAGCAUAGUGCCAGGAGCUGGGGCUCUGCGGACAAAUGGCUGGUCCUUGGUUGAGGCAGGAAACCUGGCCCUCCAGGAUGAGGGAAGGAGGCCAUCCCUAGAUCACCCCAACAUGAAUGGCCCACCUGGUCCCAGGAAGUAAUGUGGCAUGGCGCCCAGGUCUUGGGUGGAGGAGAUGAGAUGGAAGAAGAUGCUGCCUCUGCCCCCGCAUUCUAGGGGGGGCCCAGCAUGAGCUAAGGAGGGCUUCCUGGAUGUGGAGAGCUGGGAGGAAUUAGAUAAGCCAGAGGGGAAGCACUUCCUGGAGAAUGGAAAUACUCGCUUUUCAGCUAAUUUAUUCUUUUGUUUCAUUAUCAUUUCCCACUUGGGUCUUGCAUCCCCAGGGCCCUGAGGUGGCUGUUGGAGGUAUUUAUGGUCCCGGGUGGGGUGCAGGGACCAGUUAGAAACCAGUCCCACUCAGGCCAUGAUGCAUGGGUGUGUUCACAUGUGAGGAGGAGCCAGGCACAGACUGAGCUCAAGGAGAGGGAACGCAUGGGUCAGGGCCUUGAAACAUUCUCAGGAGUGGUGCCUAGUGGAGAGAUGGGGGAGGGCAGUGGGCUAGCAUGUUUGUGGUGGGCUCUAGAGCUUGGGAGCUUUAGAGUUGCUGCAGUUGUGGCUGGGGUUGGAGCCCCAGGUGCUGUGCAGGGAGGUUGGGCUCUUUUCCUGGGGCUGGGGGUAGGGGGACUGUCACUCUCCCUAAACUUUCUGAGCAGCCAGGCUAAGCCUGAUAGUUUUUCCUACAGGCCAGGGAGGGCUGCAGGGUUGUCCCUGCUCAGAAGCAAGAGGGGCAGGGGCAGCUAGCCCGCAGCUCACUUCUGAUUUGCCCACCACUCACCCUCAUCAAUGAGUGUUCCUUAGAUGCUCUUCUUUUUUCUUUUUUUUUUUUUCCUGAGACAGAGUCUCGCUCUGUCGCCCAGGCUGGAGUGCAGUGGUGCUAUCUUGGCUCACUGCAAGCUCCACCUCUCAGGUUCACACCAUUCUCCUGCCUCAGCCUCCCGAGUAGCUGGGACUACAGGCGCCCGCCAUCACGCCCGGCUAAUUUUUUGUAUUUUUAGUAGAGAUGGGGUUUCACCGUGUUAGCCAGGAUGGUCUCGAUCUCCUGACCUCAUGAUCCACCCGCCUCGGCCUCCCAAAGUGCUGGGAUUACAGGCGUGAGCCACCGCGCCCUGCCUAGAUGCUCUUCUUUUAAAAUUCAGGGCACUUCGCUGUUCUGCUGAGGUUUAUGAAUGUUUAAAAACUGCUUUGCGGUCCCCAAAGUAAUUUGACAAGUCUGACAGCUAUUGAUUAAAAACCCGAAAUUAUUCAGGCUGCAGGAUGACUUGGGGGAUUAGAUGGAAAGUUUUUUGUUUCUUCUCUCUCUCUCUGCACCCCUCCUCCCCCGCAAAAAAAAAAAAAAAAAGAAAGAAAGAAAUAAGAUGUGGAAAGGUAAAUGUGUUCCUGAAUGUUUUUUGAAAACUCCAUUAGGCUUGCACAGUUUAUACGGGGAGAGGAUGUUGAAGGCUGCCUCUCAUUCAGGAGCCAGUACCAGCGCCCUCUCGAAUCCCUGGUCUCUCCGGAGCUUUGGCCCAAGUCACCCCAGGCAGCAGUGAGAUGUUGCUAUUACAUUAUUACAGGUGAUGGUAGUGGUGUUGGUAGCAGUUGUGAUAGUUUAUGGUCCCUUAUGUUCUAGGGAGUUGACGUAGGGUUUUUGUGGCUUUCUCUGAAGUAGCUCAGCGUGUGAGGAAAUGGCACCUAGAAGGGGGAGGAAACUCGUUCAGGGUCUGUGAUAGACCUUAGAUACAGCUGGGAUAGAGACCAAAGACUCCUUCAGGGAGAGGAACGGGCCAUUGCUGGGGUGCUGGGCUGAUUGGAUGCCUGGCCUCCAGGCCUGACUCACUGUGAGGUAGGUGCCAAGAGUGUCCCACAGAGGGUGACCAGGCCAUUAGAACCCCAGCUUUCACUUCUGGACCAUGUGACCUAGCCAGGCCACUCCCUGUCUCUAAGCCUCAGUUUCCUCUUUAGAGAACGUCCUAAAGCUUCCAUUGAGCCUUUUGGAUUAACUGGCUCAUGUAUUGCCCCAUGAGCCAGGGCUUGUGGGACCUGAGCUCGAAUACCCACUCUCCCUUUCUUCUGGGGCAGUGCUGCCUUUUGUGCAGAGUUGUUGGGAGAAGGCCAUGAGAUGAUGUUUGUACUUUGGUGAGAACACCUGCAACUGGCACAUGGUAGGUGCUUAGUAAGUGGCUGUUAGGUCCAGGCUGCCACAGUAUCAUUCAUUUAGUCAGCCUAUAUUGGGCACCACAGGACACCAGGCCUCACAGCAAGCAUGAGCUGUCCCAUCCUCCUGUUUUGGUUGCAGGGUGUGGACCCUCCUCUGCCAGCUCAGCCCUGUGUUGUGGGGGGAAGCACAGGCUCCCAGGGGUGAGGGCAGAAGGCCACGUGUCUCCCUGUCUCACAGCCCAGGGCGUUCUGUGUGUAUGGGGGCGUCACAACUGGGUCUUGGUGACUGCUAGGACCUACCCCUUACCUUGGCCUGAGGGAACCCUGGGUUGAGAGGGACCACGCCUCUGGGCCCUGUCAUCCCUGGAAGACUUCCCAGGCAGGGCAGCCAACCUUUCUGCCUUUUUAGGACAGGCUCUGUCUCCCCAGGGCCCUGGGAGCCACCAGGCGGCUGCAUUCCUCUCCUCUCCCCUGGGAUCCCAGCUGGGCCAGGAGUGAGCACUGGCCUUCUGAGCAGCCGGUUCCCAGGCCAGCGGGGCAAGGCUGGGCUUGGGGAGAGAGCUCUGCUGGACAUGCUAGGCAGGGCGCUGCCCUGUUUAUGUCCUGCCGUUUGAUUCCCAGCAGGUCAGUGCAUUCAUUGUGACCAUGUCCAGACUCUCUUUUUUUCCAGUGUGGGCAGACGCUUCUAGCACAGCCUCUGGACCUGCCUGGCUAUGACAGGCAGAAGCAUGAUUGGCAUGUUCUGACCUGAUGAGGCCUAGAGAGUCUGCUGAAGUCCUGACUGCAGAACCAUCAGGUCCUGCCAGCCUUUGGGGGGCACCAACUCUGUGGAGACAAACCUUGUCCAGGAUUUCUCUUCCUUCCAGACCUGGUUGGGGUAGUGGACAGUGGCUUGGGACCACACAGGCUGGUGGGCUGGAGACUGGGGCUGGAGAUGGCUGUGCUUGGGAGUCCCAGGCAGAGGGGCUAAAGGGGCCUCCUCACGGGGGUCUACUGCCCACUGCUAGGCACACCUUCUUCUCCUUUCAUUUCGCCUCAGGAAAUGAAGGGCUUUUUAAAGAAAUUUGAGGCAUCCCAGAGCAUUUGGGCAGAUAUGAUUGAUCCCCAUUUUGCAGAUGGGGAAAACUGAGGCAUGGAGAACGUAAAGAGUUUGAGUCAUCACGGGACAGGAACAGGAAACAGCCUGGGAAGUCCAUAUCUUGUCACUCCAAAUUGUCAAAAGUGUGACCUAUCCCAGAAAUGUCAGCCUUGAUAGCAGUGUAUGCAUCGUUCACCAGUGUUGUUCAUGGCUGUGUCUCCAGCUUCUGACAUCGUGGCUGGCAAUGAGGUGGGCGAAUGGAACAGACCAAAGAGGCAUGAACAGUUACGAGCAAUGGAUGGGAGUCACUGACACCCCUGCCCUCCUGAGCCUCCCGCCUGCAUGGUCUCAUUUGAUCCUUAGAGCAACCCAUGAGGAAGGUGUGUCGUUAUCCUCACUACGGAUGGGGAAACUGAGUCCUAGAGAGUCGAAUGACUUAAAGUAUCCAAGGUUGUAUAUUUCAUAAGGAAUAGAGACUCGGUUUGCUCUACAGCCAGGCACCCUUGACACUAGGCCCUCUGUCUUCCUGCCCGCUCGCAGCUGCAGGUGCAUUUCUGUAGCAUUCACUUGUGUGCGUGCGCGCGCGCGCGUGUGUGUGUUUAAUCCCAGGGCCCACUGCACUGCCUGCCUUUGUGUACUGCCCAGCCCAUUACCCUGCAGCCCUAGCCAUGCAGCAUGUCUUAAAGGGGCCCCCGGCUCCUGCUUGCACACUUUCAGAGACAGGGAGCCCACUCUCUCUAAAACCAGACGAGCCUGGCCCAUUCAAGGACAGCUGUGACUGAGCUGGAAGUGGCCUCUCCUGGUCCCAGCCUUGCCCUUUGGGGCCACACAGGGCAACUCCCUCUGAGCUUUCGAGAUUUGGAGGGUGACCCUGAGCCCCUUAUUUUCCGACCAAACAAUCCCACUCUCAAUUCCCCCCACCCAAUAGUUGGGAACACCCUUGCUGUGUCAAGUAGGGAUUUUUAAUUACUGUAAGUUUUGGUUUGGGGUCCUUUCCCUCCUUGGAAUAAUGAGUUUGCUGAGCUUCUGUGUCACCGACCUUUUAAGGGAAAAAAGGAUCAGAGUUGAAAAACAGCUUGUGGGUUGGCUGGAACACUAUCAGAUAAGGCUAGGCCCCAGGAACCAGGACAGUGUCCCCAUUGUUCUGCCACCAGCCCUCACAAUGAGCUGCUGUUGGGCCCUGGCGCUGUCUCUCAUAGCAGCUCCCCGUGCCUUGUGCCCACGUUUCCUGGGCCCUGGGCAGGGGCUGCCCUAUCCCUGUAUCCCCCGGUCCUUCCUUCCCCACCUGGAGUGAGUGGGUCACAGCUAGUGGGUUAGCUGGCUGUGGACCUUUCCCUGCUGCCCGGCUGCUGUGGACCUUUCCCCCUGCCCGGCUGCUAUGGACCUUUCCCUGCUGCCCAGCUGCUGUGGGCCACCCCUGGACGAUGGAAAGGCCAGGCCAAGGCUGGUGCAGUUAGUCUUGAACUCCACUGAGCUGGGUUCACAUCUGACUCGGCCACUUGCUAUGCCUGUGAUCUUGGGCAGGUCACCUCAACUUUCUAGGUGCACCUUUUUAGUCCUGACAGGAUUGUCACGAGAAUUAAGUGGAACAGGUGGGAGAUUGUGGCCCUGAGCUGGGCUUAGGUAGCGUAGUGUGAGCUGUCUGUCUGGAGAGACCAGGGACCACUUUGUGGUGGUGACAUUGGGCUGGCCCUUGAAAACUGAGGAAGGACUUUGUUUGGCAAAGAAGUGGAGGGAGAGGCAGAAUGGACAGGCUCAGGAGACUGCUUGGACAUGGACCCCUGGAGGAUAAGAGUUUGCAGCUUUGUCAGGAAGUAGCUGGGGAGGAGAGUCCAGGUCACUUGUGCGAGGGGCCUUUCAGGAGGGCUCGGACACCAGCUUGAGGCAUCUGGGACUUGAUUAUCUUACAGGCCAUGAGGCGAGAGAGGAGGGACAGGAGUGAGGCCAUGCCAGGCGGAGUGGCUUGUUCAGUGGAGGGUGCUGCUUUGGUCUAGACAGGAGAAGGCCAGUGGAACUCCCAUUCCCCUCUGCCCUCCCAUGCCCUGACCAAGCUCCUCUGUAGCAGCGGAGUCCAGGGCAGGUCACCCUAGCCAUGGCCUUGGCUGUCCCGUGUGUGACCUGGGUGUCAUGGUGCACCUCCUUCCUGGGAGCAGUAAGGAUUCCAUGCCAUGGAGGACAGGUAAAGGGUCUCUAGUCCCUGGAGCACUGUCAUGGGGCUAGUGAUCUGCCAUGUUUAGAGGGGUCUCGGCUGGGGCCGUGGGGAGCAGUGUGCAGCCACAGAGGGUAGGAUGAGCCUCCUAACCUUGAGAGGGAUGGGGGAAGCGGCCCAUACUUGGACAGAGCAAGGGCAGGGGCAUUUCCCGGAGACUCUGGAAUGAACAUUGGAAUGCUGCUCUUGGGACUUGGCCUUGAACAGGCAGCUGCCCUGACGACCCACCCUCAGGCCUUCUUUGUCCCUCCUCCAAGGGAACAACCACGUCACCAGGGUUUGCAGGCUGAGGGAGGACUAUCCUUAUCCCCACUGACCUCCCGUUCCCUCUGAGCUUAGCUGACCUUGGCUGCUGGUGUGUUGGGGUUUUGGUCCAGGAACUCUAAGGCUCUGGACCUUGGAGCCAGCCAGACCCAACUCUACCCACAAGGAGCCCCCUGCCUGACAAGGAGCCAGUUUUGUGACAGACUUUCCCAGCACAGCCUGGAUAUGGCUGUCUGCCCAGGGAGCCCAGGAAGGCUUCAGGGAAGAAGGGGCACUGAAGCUGGGUGCUGAAGGUUGGGUAGGAAGGGGAAGGACAGCAUGUGCCUGGGGCCCUGCCUGAGACUCCUGCUUCCUGGGAUGGAGGGGCCCAGCAGGCAGGCCGCUGUGAGAGUGGGCCUGGUCAGGUGGAGCAGGGAGGUAGAUGCCAGCCAGUGGCUCAGAGUGCCAAGUUCUGGGGCUGGCAUUGAAUCCCGUGUGGUCUCAAGAGGGGAUCCCUUCACCCCCACAACUCAAAGGGCUGGGAAAUACCUCCCCGUGAAGGCGCUGUCUUCACAGCACUUUCAGCAUGUGCCGGCUGCCAGUGUUUUCUGGGUGAAGCAAGCCUCCUUCCUCCUUUUUCAGAUGAGGAAAUGGACCCAAGAGGUUUGGGUGUCGCAGCAACACUAGAUCAAAGAUGGGAUGCUGGGGCACAUCUCUUGCCCUCCCUGGCAGGCCUCAGUUUCUCCCCUGUAAAGCGGGGUGAGGUCAGCAUCUGCCUCUUGGGCUCGUGGAGAUUCUGUGAGGUGACUUGUGUGGUGGUUCAUGUGACGCAUGGCCCAAGGUCCCAUCUGAUGCCGAGGCUGAAGGAGUCUCGCUCCCACGAGUCCCUGCUCAGCCCCAGCAGUGCAGUGGAGGCGCUGGACCUCAGCAUGGAGGAAGAGGUGGUCAUCAAGCCCGUGCACAGCAGCAUCCUUGGCCAGGACUACUGCUUCGAGGUGACGACGUCAUCAGGAAGCAAGUGCUUUUCCUGCCGGUCUGCAGCUGAGCGGGAUAAGUGGAUGGAGAACCUGCGGCGAGCGGUGCAUCCCAACAAGGACAACAGCCGGCGUGUGGAGCACAUCCUGAAGCUGUGGGUGAUCGAGGCCAAGGACCUGCCAGCCAAGAAGAAGUACCUGUGCGAGCUGUGCCUGGACGAUGUGCUCUAUGCCCGCACCACGGGCAAGCUCAAGACGGACAAUGUUUUCUGGGGCGAGCACUUUGAGUUCCACAACUUGCCGCCUCUGCGCACGGUCACUGUCCACCUGUACCGGGAGACCGACAAGAAGAAGAAGAAGGAGCGCAACAGUUACCUGGGCCUGGUGAGCCUACCUGCUGCCUCGGUGGCCGGGCGGCAGUUCGUGGAGAAGUGGUACCCGGUGGUGACGCCCAACCCCAAGGGCGGCAAGGGCCCUGGACCCAUGAUCCGCAUCAAGGCGCGCUACCAAACCAUCACCAUCCUGCCCAUGGAGAUGUACAAAGAGUUCGCUGAGCACAUCACCAACCACUACCUGGGGCUGUGUGCAGCCCUCGAGCCCAUCCUCAGUGCCAAGACCAAGGAGGAGAUGGCAUCUGCCCUGGUGCACAUCCUGCAGAGCACGGGCAAGGUGAAGGACUUCCUGACAGACCUGAUGAUGUCAGAGGUGGACCGCUGCGGGGACAACGAGCACCUCAUCUUCCGGGAGAACACACUGGCCACCAAGGCCAUUGAGGAGUACCUCAAGCUAGUGGGCCAGAAGUACCUGCAGGACGCCCUAGGUGAGUUCAUCAAAGCGCUGUAUGAGUCAGAUGAGAACUGCGAAGUGGAUCCCAGCAAGUGCUCGGCCGCUGACCUCCCAGAGCACCAGGGCAACCUCAAGAUGUGCUGCGAGCUGGCCUUCUGCAAGAUCAUCAACUCCUACUGUGUCUUCCCACGGGAGUUGAAAGAGGUGUUUGCCUCGUGGAGGCAGGAGUGCAGCAGUCGCGGCCGGCCGGACAUCAGUGAGCGGCUCAUCAGCGCCUCCCUCUUCCUGCGCUUCCUCUGCCCAGCCAUCAUGUCGCCCUCACUCUUCAACCUGCUGCAGGAGUACCCUGAUGACCGCACUGCCCGCACCCUCACCCUCAUCGCCAAGGUCACCCAGAACCUGGCCAACUUUGCCAAAUUUGGCAGCAAGGAGGAAUACAUGUCCUUCAUGAACCAGUUCCUAGAGCAUGAGUGGACCAACAUGCAGCGCUUCCUGCUGGAGAUCUCCAACCCCGAGACCCUCUCCAAUACAGCCGGCUUCGAGGGCUACAUCGACCUGGGCCGCGAGCUCUCCAGCCUGCACUCACUGCUCUGGGAGGCCGUCAGCCAGCUGGAGCAGAGCAUAGUAUCCAAACUGGGACCCCUGCCUCGGAUCCUGAGGGACGUCCACACAGCACUGAGCACCCCAGGUAGCGGGCAGCUCCCAGGGACCAAUGACCUGGCCUCCACACCGGGCUCUGGCAGCAGCAGCAUCUCAGCUGGGCUGCAGAAGAUGGUGAUUGAGAACGAUCUUUCCGGUCUGAUAGAUUUCACCCGGUUACCGUCUCCAACCCCCGAAAACAAGGACUUGUUUUUUGUCACAAGGUCCUCCGGGGUCCAGCCCUCACCUGCCCGCAGCUCGAGUUACUCGGAAGCCAACGAGCCUGAUCUUCAGAUGGCCAACGGUGGCAAGAGCCUCUCCAUGGUGGACCUCCAGGACGCCCGCACGCUGGACGGGGAGGCAGGCUCCCCGGCGGGCCCCGACGUCCUCCCCACAGAUGGGCAGGCCGCUGCAGCUCAGCUGGUGGCCGGGUGGCCGGCCCGGGCAACCCCAGUGAACCUGGCAGGGCUGGCCACAGUGCGGCGGGCAGGCCAGACACCAACCACACCAGGCACCUCCGAGGGCGCGCCAGGCCGGCCCCAGCUGUUGGCACCGCUCUCCUUCCAGAACCCUGUGUACCAGAUGGCGGCUGGCCUGCCGCUGUCACCCCGUGGCCUUGGCGACUCAGGCUCUGAGGGCCACAGCUCCCUGAGCUCACACAGCAACAGCGAGGAGUUGGCGGCCGCUGCCAAGCUGGGAAGUUUCAGCACUGCCGCGGAGGAGCUGGCUCGGCGGCCCGGUGAGCUGGCACGGCGACAGAUGUCACUGACUGAAAAAGGCGGGCAGCCCACGGUGCCACGGCAGAACAGUGCUGGCCCCCAGAGGAGGAUCGACCAGCCUCCGCCCCCACCCCCGCCGCCACCUCCUGCCCCCCGCGGCCGGACGCCCCCCAACCUGCUGAGCACCCUGCAGUACCCAAGACCCUCAAGCGGAACCCUGGCGUCGGCCUCACCUGAUUGGGUGGGCCCCAGUACCCGCCUGAGGCAGCAGUCCUCUUCCUCCAAGGGGGACAGCCCAGAACUGAAGCCACGGGCAGUGCACAAGCAGGGCCCUUCACCUGUGAGCCCCAAUGCCCUGGACCGCACAGCCGCUUGGCUCUUGACCAUGAACGCGCAGUUGUUAGAAGACGAGGGUCUGGGCCCAGACCCCCCCCACAGGGAUAGGCUAAGGAGUAAGGACGAGCUCAGCCAAGCAGAAAAGGACCUGGCGGUGCUGCAGGACAAGCUGCGAAUCUCCACCAAGAAGCUGGAGGAGUAUGAGACCCUGUUCAAGUGCCAGGAGGAGACGACGCAGAAGCUGGUGCUGGAGUACCAGGCACGGCUGGAGGAGGGCGAGGAGCGGCUGCGGCGGCAGCAGGAGGACAAGGACAUCCAGAUGAAGGGCAUCAUCAGCAGGUUGAUGUCCGUGGAGGAAGAACUGAAGAAGGACCACGCAGAGAUGCAAGCGGCUGUGGACUCCAAACAGAAGAUCAUUGAUGCCCAGGAGAAGCGCAUUGCCUCGUUGGAUGCCGCCAAUGCCCGCCUCAUGAGCGCCCUGACCCAGCUGAAAGAGAGGUACAGCAUGCAAGCCCGUAACGGCAUCUCCCCCACCAACCCCACCAAAUUGCAGAUUACUGAGAACGGCGAGUUCAGAAACAGCAGCAAUUGUUAACCUGCCUGAGGAGGGAGGAAGCUACCCAAGGAGAGGGGGACUAUGGUGGCCAAGGGCAGGGUCUCGGCCUGGGGAGGCACCCACGGUUGCAGCCCCAGCGUGGGUGUCAGGAGGCCGAGCCUCCCCUCCCUGCCGCUGUCCAGGAGGCGGCCGCAGAGGGAGCCACCAGAGACUGAAGCAGCGUGAGGCGAGGUCACCAGCCGCUCCCUGUGGGGUGCGGGCAGAAGAGACUGCACGCUGGGGAGUGGGGACAGCCUGAUGGGGCAGGGGGCCUGCCAAAAAUAUGUCUGUUGGUUCCUGAAUGUGGUGUGUCCUUGUCCUCCUGGAUCUGGCCGAGUGCAUGUGUCCCCACACCCGUGCCAGGGAGGGGGCUUCCUGGAGGGGGGAUUCAAGGGCUAGGGGCCUACACCUGUGGCUUCCCCUCGCCUCCUUGGGGGGCCCGGGACUCCCUGGCAGCCAGGCCCUGUCCUGUGGGACCUGGCACUUGGCGGAUCAGUUGGCAGGCAGGAAGAUAGGAGGACACAGAGCAGGAGGUCAGUGUCCCCUGCCUGUCUCCAUCCGAAGCACCUGCCACUGCAUGCAGCCUGUUGGGACCUUCCUGGCUGUGAGGAACUGAGGAUUCCUACCCACCCCCUCUGAACCUGUCCCCAGAGCACCACCUGCCACCUUCUUCCCUGCCUUAGUUAUAUUGCCAGAUAGACCCAGUGAGGGCCAUGGCUUUUUCUUGUGAGCUCUUGUCCCUGUGGGGAGGACCCACGGCUUCCCACACCUCCCACACAGGCCCAGGCUGAUGCUCUAGGGCUCCCAGAAGCCAAAGAUCUGGGCGGAUCUGGCCAGAUGGCUCUGAGCACUGUAUCUGCCUUCUCCUGGGGCCCAGCACACCCAGGGCACAGUGGUCCUGUAGGGAGUGCCACCUGGUGCUCACCCUGAAAGAAAAGGUGAUCCUUCCUCUGAGUGAUGGUUUAAAAAAAGAUUCUAACGCCUGCAGGCCCUGAGAAGGUGGAUAACUGUGAUUUUUUUUCCUUUCACAGUAUGCAUUAGAAACAAAAGCCCGCUUGCUCGCUUGCUGGAACACAGGGGCCUUUUAAGUUGAGCGUGCGCACUGCAUGGGAAAUAGCGGCCCUGGAGGAUGUUAGACUUGCUCCCUCUCCAAGACAGCAGCAGCCUGCACCCGCCCCGUGUGUGUGGCCGGCCUCGUCCUCACCCUUCCCGGCCCCCGGCCAAGGACCCAGGCGCUGCAUACAGGGGAGGGGCGCACCCCACAGCUGGGGCCGGUUUUCCUCAGCUCUAGGCUGUUCUGUAGCUUAUCUGCCCCUCCCCCACUUUCAAGACAGAUGAGCAGGAGCUUGGGUCUCUCUCGGCCCCUGUCUGUUCCCAGCCCCUGCAGAUUCCGAGCAAGGGCCCUGGGUAACAAGGGUGGGAGUGGGGCCUUUGCCAGCAGAGCCAGGGCAGGGCGAGCUGCAGGAAUCACCCCUCUGCCCCUGCAGCUGGAAUGUGCCACAGAGGCCCCACCUGAAGGGUGGAUGUGCUGGAGGGGUGGCCCAGAGCCAUACUGCGUCCACCCUGAGCUCGGGGACAGGUGACAGUGGCUGCUCUGGGAAGGGGCUCUUAGAUGUAACCUACAAUUCAGUUAGGCUAGAGACAGAUGCUGGUGGAGGAAGGGCUGGGCCACCAGGGAUCACAGACCACAGGAAGAUGGGAGGUGGGAGCAGAGGCCCUGCCCCCACCCCUUCCUGUCUCACUCCUCUGUCUUGUCCCCACCCAUGCGCCUUCGUGCCUGAGACCAGGGUGGCCACACAGGCAGGGCCUGGCUCCAGUCUCAUCCUCCCAUUGCCCAGUGAGCCCUGCUCUUCUCUCCCCAGCCCCCUCCCACCGCUGCCUCGUAGAGUGACCUCGGACAGAGCCCCCCUAGCAAUACAGGGAGGCUCCUGGGGCCUGGACAGGCGGGCUCGGAGGCUACCCGCUGUGGCCGGUGCCAGCUGCCCUUGCAGGGUGGGUGAGCUCUCAGGCCGAGAGCCUUAUUUACCUAGUGCAAAAACUGUAAAAGUGUACAGACUCUUCACAGAUUUUUAUCUUAAUUGCAAGUCUGCCGAUUUUGUAAAUGUUCUUGGUGUUUGACUGUAAUGUAACUAUCUCACCUAAUGGUUGUACAUAUCCUUUGGUCCUGGUGCUGCCGAGGGCUGGCCGGGACUGCUGCUCUCCCAAGGGUUUUAUUUUAUUUCUGAAUCUAGAGAACAGUAUUGGGCAGGAGGAAAAGGCUUGGUGUCUGCGGGGGGUGUCUUCCCUGCCUGUGGCAUUUGUGUGUUGGCUUUGCAGCUGCUGUCUGAGUAGUGGCCACUGGGGUGCCUUCACUGGGCCAGUCAAUGGGGGGCUCCUGCCCAGGCCACAGAGAACCUGAGUUCCCGGGAGCUGGGCCCUGCCUGCAGCCAGGGCUGGGGUUGCCAGAGGCCCUGGAAGGAAGGACAGUUCCUGCUAGGGAAGAACAGCCCCGGGGCCCCCUGGUCACCGAGACUCAGCCUCUGCUGGAGAAAGCCAUGCCCUCCCUGCUAGCACAGAGGCCUGACUGACUUUUUUGCUUGACUUCCAUGUUCUGGGUGAUGGAAACUGCCAAACCUCCUGUCAGUGAGGACUCUUUCCGACUGCCCAGAAAGUGGGGGUGGAGGACCGAGGCUACAGCUCCACACGCCCCGGUCCCCCAGAGCAUCUGCCCCAAGUACACCUCCCCCUGCGCCCCGCACGACUGCGGGAGCCAGACUGCCCAGGGAAACAGCCUCUCUCUUUUCUACACACUCAGCCACAAAGCCCCCCAGCUCCCACACCGCGUCCCAGCUCCCCUCUUUUGUAAGUAUGUGAAAAGGAAAAAAUGCAAACGUUGGAGUUUGGGCUGGAGCUCCUCCCUCCAGCUGCGACUUUUAACUAUGUAAUAAUGUACAGAGGAAGCUGUUGGUGUUCUAAGACUCUGUGUGGCUGUGCAAUUUCUGUACAUUUGCAAUUAGAAAUAUUAAAGAUUUAUUUAGCUAUUUUAA